UUAAAUACUGGCUCCCUUUCAUGAUCGAUCCAGUGUUGCCAGCUAAAACACGUAAAAAUAAUAUUAAAGUAGCCAAGACAUAACCAAAUAUUGUAGCGCCACACCACUAGCGGACAUUUGAAUUUACCGACUAGAACACAGUCGGUUAACUGAGGUGACGGUUAAUCGGGGGUCGGAUAAUAGAUGCUCUACUGUACUAUCAAUGGGGUCCUUGGACUAUUCAAUUAAUAAGUCUCCUAUGUACACAUAUGAGAACAGAAAAUGAUUGUGUGAUGAUUUCUGCUGUAUAUUGUUAUGGUUAAAAGCAGAAUGAAUAAUCCAAAUAAUAUCAAUAUAUCAUCUCAUAUUUUCUUUUAGGUCUUAAAGGUAUUAUAAGUAAUUCUAGAAAAAGACAGUUUUGGCAGAUUCAGCAGAAGAAGGAAUUAGAAGAAUUAGGAGUCAACAACAUUAGCUCAAAAUUUACUGAAAAAAUACCAUCAUCAAAUUCAGAUAGUGAAAAUGAAGACAAUGAAAAAACAGAACAGUCAACAAAGAGAAAAUUAAGAAUGAAGAUGUAUGCUGACGAAGAAGAAGUUAAACAAAAAAAGAAGAAAUAUCUUGCUUUAAAAAAUAAUAGGAAGAGAAUAUCAGAUAGUAAACAGAGAAAGGGAUCCUUGUCUGUAGAAGAGGAACCAGAAAACAAAGACUCGGUCGAUCAUUCCGAAACCGAUAUGGUGGCUGACCGCCUCGGUCACGGCAAUCUCAGUGUCUGGAACAGGCUCACCGACAAGAAAAAAUCAGACUAUUCAGAUUAUUCUCAAUCUGAAGAUCUCAGAAGCAAAAUUAGAUCAAGAAUAAACAGCAAACCCGAGUGGACUCGUUCGGUAACUCCCAUAAUGGGAGAUUUGAGAAACAAACUGGAUCAAAUUCGAAACAAGCGGAAUGCUGACAGUCAUAGGUCACCACUGCUGAUACAUGUCAUUAACGAUCAAAACGACUGAAUUUAAAAGUAAAUUCUAAGUUAAAUUGAUUAUUGGCAAUGAAUAUGUUUCCUGUAUGUACAGUAUUCCUAUAUACAAAAGAAGUGCAACAUUUAUUUUACCAGCAGCUCCAUGUUGUUUUUAUCUGUUGUAAGAUAUUCAAAUAAAGACCCUUGACAUUUUUAGAUAAAAAAA